AUGCCUUCAAUUGAUGACGAGUUCGGCCUCUCAUCUGGCGAUGAAGCGGAUUUGCUCGGUCUGGACGAGAAUGUCCCGCCCACGACCAAGCGCAAGCAUGAGGACGAAGACCUUCAAGUGGCAAAGAAGCCUCGGACCACAUCCACGUCUUUGCGCGCCAUUGAAGUUGCCAACAAGGUCUUGAAGCAGAAUUUCGGAAUGACAUCCUUCCGCCUGAAGCAGGAACAAGCGAUAGCAAGACUGCUCGACAGUGAUGGCGGCAGCGCUGUUGUGGUAUUUCCUACAGGCGGCGGAAAGUCCCUCUGUUAUCAAGUACCAGCUCUCUGUUUCAAAGAAAUGGAUCGCCUUGCCGGUGUGAGACAAGGCUAUGCAGAGAGCGGCAUCACUCUCGUGGUUUCACCACUAAUUGCUCUGAUGAAGGAUCAAGUCGACGCUCUCCAACGCAGGAAUAUCAGUGCAGCAGUCCUGGAUUCCACCAAGACCAAGGAGGAAUACCUGCAAACUGUAGAGGCGAUGCGGAAUGGAACACUCGACAUUCUGUACUGCGCACCGGAGCGACUCAAUAACGAAGGUUUUGUUGCGUCAAUGGCCAACGUCAAGGGCGGAGUAAGGCUCCUCGCCGUGGACGAGGCUCACUGUAUCUCUGAGUGGGGACACAGUUUUCGGCCCGAUUAUUUGAAAGUUGCUCGCUUUGCUCAAGAGAUCGGGGCAGAGAGGGUGAUUUGCCUAACGGCAACAGCUACCCCAGCGGUAGCCAAAGACGUGUGCAGGGCAUUUGACAUUGACGAAGACGGGCUCUUCAGAACUGCCACUUACAGGCCGAACCUCAAACUGAAAGCUCGAUCAUAUCAAACAAAGAAAGAGUCAUGGCCUCAACUGGACGCGUUUCUGCGGAAAUAUCCCGGUUCCACGAUCAUCUACGUGACAACUCACAAGCAAGCCGAGGAUCUUGCAGAGCAGUUGCGAAAGCGCAAGUUCAAAGCUGAUCAUUUUCAUGCAGGAAUGAAGACUGAAGAGAAGAUGAGGAUACAGGACAAGUUCAUGGCAUCCAAGGAUCACAUCAUUUGCGCCACUAUUGCGUUCGGCAUGGGCAUCGACAAGGCCGAUAUCCGGAACGUAGUCCAUUAUGAUAUUCCAAGGAGCCUCGAAGGAUAUAGUCAAGAGAUUGGCAGAGCUGGAAGAGAUGGCCUUGACUCACAAUGCGUGGUAUUCCUGUGCGCAGAAGAUCUACACCUUCGAGAGAGCUUCGCACGAGGUGAUCUCCCAAGUCGCCAAUCUGUCUUUGGCUUCCUGCAAAGUCUCUUCUCGCACAAGGAGAGCGAUGGAGUCAUCGAAGUCAACUCGUACGCCAUGUCCAAAGACUUCGACAUCAAACCAAACACUGUCGGAACUCUCUUCGCCGCUCUGGAGUUACGCUUCAAACUUUUCAGAGCGAUCACGCCGAAGUAUACCAAGUACCAAUACAAGGCGCUGAAGUCCACAAAUCAUGACCAGACUCCAGCAGCAAGAGCUCUUCGUGCUCAUGCCCGAGCUUCGAAAGUAUGGACACAUGUCGAUGUGGAUACCGCUGCAUACCAAAGCCGCGUCGAUCGAACUGCACUUGUCACUAAGCUCAAUGAGUGGCAGGACAGCCGACUCAUCGAAUUGCAACCCGGAGGCGUCAUGAACGUGUUUCGCAUCUUGACCGAAAAGUGGCCUCCGCCUCCCUCGGAAGCCGAACGCCUUACUGAAGCACUCUACAAGGACCUCGUGCUCCGAGAACAACAGGAACUUGCUCGCAUGCAACAAGUCAUGGAUCUCAUAACAGGGAAAGCAUGUUUCGCACGUGUUCUCGCUUCACAUUUCGGCGACACACUGCCCAAUAAUGCUCAAGAAUGCGGGAAUUGUACGUGGUGUCAAACGCAUGAUACAGUGAAGUCAGUUGCACCGCCAAAGAGGGCAUGGGACUCGAAGGCGUUUUAUGCAGUGCUGGCAGCGACCCCUGAUCGGGACGAUGCGAGAUAUCUCGCGCGGAUAGCGUUUGGUAUCAAGAGUCCGAGAGUCACGGCGGCAAAAUUGGGGAACCACGCCGCUUUUGGCUCGAUGGAGGAUCAUGAUUUUAUGACUCUUCUCAAGGCGUUUGAAAAGGUUUGCGAUAAGUGA